CUCUCGCCCACAAUACAUCCCAUACAUACAUAACACGGCCGGGCCGGGGGCAGGACACCCUCCUGACCUGUCGAUUCCACUCCUUUCUUGAUAUUGUGGGAUAAGACAUACAUACAGGCACGCCCCUCCUCUUUUCAUUCCUUAUUCCUUCUCGGACACGCUUGCUGCCCCUGCCACGCCUGUCGCGAGCCCGAGGUGAUGAUUCAAAGCACGUGAAUGAGACGACAUCGGUUCUAGAACCGCACCACAUCAGCUCACAUCCACCGCGACAUCGUCCUUCACCUGGGGCGAGCACGUUGUUCACCUACUCGCGACCCAGUCGGUCAAGAAGCUGCACCGAACGAUAAAGCAGACACGCCAGCAAAGCGAGUAGGCCUCAUCCUCCAACCUGGAUCUGCCUCAAUUCUAGCCGGGUAUUUGCAGAGGUUAGGUGCACCGGGUCGAUACGUGCAACCGUCACUCAGCGUUGCUCACGGCUUCCUGCGGUGGUACUCGAUAUCACAAAGUCCCAAGUACGACACUGCCAGUAUGGGAUCCGGCGCCGUUGACGGAGACUGGAAGGAUGGGUGCACGCGCAUAGAAAGCGAUCCCGUGGUCGGACGAGGGGUUUCGGGCUCGAAAAGUGACGAUGUCGACCUGCCAGAUCAGAUCCAGGACAGGUCCGCCAGGGGAUCUAGUGGUCGCCGAUUUCCACGCCUUGGUCUUGAUGCCUUGUUCCACGAGUCGCGACCCUCUCAAGAGCUCGCCGGAGACGGCACCGUCGAGUUCUUCAAGGUCUACAAGAGGAGGUGGUUUGGUUUGGUCCAGUUGACUCUGCUCAACAUCGUCGUGAGCUGGGAUUGGUUGACCUUCUCACCCGUCGUCUCCAGUGCUGCCGAAUUCUUCAACACCUCUGAGAGCGCCGUCAACUGGUUCUCCACCGCUUUCCUCCUGGCAUUCGUCGCCAUCUCCCCGGCCGUCAUCUAUGUGCUCCACUGGGGGCCCAAGCCAUCUAUCAUCACGUCUUCGGUGCUCACCCUCUGCGGCAACUGGAUCCGAUAUGGCGGCACUCGCACCUCACCUCCCAGCUUCGGCCUCACCAUGUUUGGGCAGCUCCUCAUCGCCUUCUCACAGCCCUUCGUGCUGGCCGCGCCCACGAGAUACUCGGAUCUGUGGUUCACCAACCGAGGUCGCGUGGCCGCCACCGCCCUGACGAGUCUGGCCAAUCCUUUUGGUGCUGCGCUUGGGCAGUUGAUCAUACCUUUCUGGGUCUAUUCCGCAAGUGACGUGCCCAAUGCCGUCUUAUACGUUGCUAUUAUUGCGACUGUCUGCGCGAUACCCUCAUUCUUUCUCCCGGCGAAGCCGCCCACGCCGCCCGGCCCCUCGGGCGAGACCCAGAAGCUCCCCAUCCUCGAAUCACUUCGCAUCCUCAGCCGCUCCCCGGAGUUCUGGAUGAUCUGGGGUUCCUACGCCGUCUACGUAGGCUUCUUCAACUCCAUCUCCUCGCUGCUGAACCAGAUGAUGAUGCCCUACGGCUUCGACGACACCGAGAGCGGUAUCGCGGGUGCUAUCCUCAUAGUGGUCGGCCUCGUCGCCGCGGCCAUCACCUCGCCCAUCCUGGACCGCACCAAGACCUUCAUACUGGCCAUCAAAGUCGCCAUCCCCAUCACGGCGCUCUGCUACCUCAUCUUCAUCUGGAUGCCGGCGACGCGCGACAUCGCGGGGCCGUACGUCGUGCUGGCGGUCCUGGGGGCCUCGAGCUUCAGCCUGCUCCCCGUCGCCUCGGAGCUGCUGGUCGAGGUCACGCACCCCGUCAGCCCCGAGGUGACGAGCACGCUCGCCUGGACCGGCGGCCAGCUCCUGGGCGCCAUCUUCAUCAUCGUCUCGGACGCGCUCAAGGCCGGGCCCGGCGCGAACCCGCCUAACAACAUGAACCGGGCGCUUAUCUUCCAGGCCGUCAUCGCCCUCGCUGCCACGCCGCUGUCGCUGUGCCUCGGCCUGUUUGGCCGCGCCGACAAGGUGCGCCUGAGGCGGGUCGAGACCGAUCGGGAUCGGGAGCGGCUGGCUGCGGAGAACGCUGCUUCUGAGGCGUGA